UCCGGUCAAAAACUGAUUUUGAUUAAUAAGACAUUAACUAGCCAUAGAGGCAGAGCGAGAGCGAGAGAGAAAGAGAGAGCGAGAUGUUCUUCCACAUAGUAUUGGAGCGGAACAUGCAGUUGCAUCCACGAUUCUUUGGUCGAAACCUUCGUGAAAAUCUCGUCUCUAAGCUCAUGAAAGAUGUCGAGGGCACUUGCAGUGGCCGACAUGGGUUUGUAGUGGCGAUAACUGGAAUAGAAAGCGUAGGAAAAGGAUUGAUCCGAGAUGGGACUGGUUUUGUCACAUUUCCAGUUAAAUACCAAUGCGUCGUUUUUAGACCUUUCAAAGGCGAGAUUUUAGAAGCUGUUGUCACUUUGGUCAAUAAGAUGGGUUUCUUCGCCGAAGCUGGCCCUGUUCAGAUUUUUGUCUCCAAGCAUUUGAUUCCAGAUGAUAUGGAGUUUCAGGCUGGAGACAUGCCUCACUAUACCACAUCAGAUGGAUCAGUUAAGAUCCAGAAGGAAUGUGAAGUGAGACUAAAGAUUAUUGGAACAAGAGUCGAUGCCACUGAAAUCUUUUGUGUGGGUACCAUCAAAGACGACUUUUUGGGAGUCAUUAACGAUCCUGCAUCAACCGCAUAAGCAAAGUUUCAGGCCAAUUUCGAUUUUGUUCUGUUUAUCCGGAAUGAUUGGAGCCAUGUAUUAACUUAAUAAAUUUGGAAGUUUAGUCAAUUUUGUUCUUGUUCAUUAUUGAUAUUUUUGCUAUUUGACGUGCCUCUUUUCGGUUAGUGAUUUUGUCCAACCAA